AGAAGUGCAUAUUUGCCCCCCGUUUUCAUAAAAUUUUAUUGCAAUAAAUAUAUUUUCAUUUUACUGGCAUUACAAAGACUUUGACUUGAUGCUUUACAAGAGUUAAUUUUUUUUUAGUUUGAUGACGUUUUAUUGCCUUAAAACUGAUGUCAAAAUGAUCAUGUUUUUCAAAUCAAGCAAAUUUUCUGCCAUUUUUUCGACUUCAAACAGAGAAUUAAGUAUGAGCGCAGCUUUGAACAAGAAUGCUAAUUUAACAUGAUGAAUACAAUUUUAUUUUACAUUUAUGGACGAAAGAAAAAUCUUGUUCAAAGAUGCGCUCAUAUUGAAUUCAUUAAAUACACGUUGUUAAAACUAUAUCGGAUAACGUCGUUGCUAUGGCCAUUCUACUUCCGGUUCUGAUGACGUUGACGUCUGCGUAGCCAAAUAGACAGACAACGCUGACUUUUUUUUUAUUUCGGUACGUUUGAGACUUGUUCUACAACUUUGAAAGUCGGAAAGUACCAUGUUCUAAAAAUAGAUCAUUCAGAGGUAAGUUAAUUCCAUUGAUUGCAUUUAUUUUAUAUCGAAUAAGUCAAUCUGCAGAAUACAGUGCGAGGCUUAUGAAUUUUUAUUUGUAAAAUUUUCCACCUGCGCACAUAAUUGCUUAAAUAAUAAAUAAUAUAAGUGAAACAGCUUUACAGUCAAGCACAUACAUUGUACGCGUUUAAAGAUGCCGUUCGGGACCCCCGAUAAAUAAAAUUUUUUUGUACCUUGUAUACGAUCGAUUACUAAUCAUUUAACGUUACACAUUUAAAAAUUACAUAACAGAGUCCGUAUUUAAAAUCAUCCAUAAUAAUUAUCCCUCAUGUCCUGAAAUAUCUGUUUACAUGUUUUGCUCCGCUAUCGUAACUUCUCGGGGCAGUUUCCAUUCUCUAUAUUAACUUUAUAUACUACGUUGAACCGCAAGUUUGAUACAAAGUGACUGUAGUGUAGUGGUAUGUCUCUCGCCUGCAAUGCGCGGGGUAUAGUGUUCGAGCCUCACAUACCGCAGAUAUUUUUUUUUAUAUGAAGGAAUUUUUUUUUUCAGUUUAUGUUCUCACAUUAUGAAACAUGUAAUUAUUAAAUAAAUGCAGACCAAUUACUACUCUGGGUUAUUUCAUACCAAUGUUUUUUUUUUGGUAUUAAUAAGUAUAGCUAUUAUUGGAUUUUUUUUUUUUUGCAUGUUUAAACUAGAUAUAUUUAAACUAGAUAUAGAACAUCAGAUUUCAGCAUUAAAAUUCUUAAUAAAAUUUUUAUAUCAUUACAUAAUAUAUUUUUGAUGUUCUCAAUAACUAUAUUAAAAUUUUUAAUUAGUUUAAAUUAGUAGAACAAUGACUGUUCAUAAGUUUGAAAAAAUAUACAUUAUUAGUGAAAAGGAUUUAUGAAAAAAUAAUACAUGUACCAGUACAUGUAUCUUUAGUAGCUAGGCUAUGCAUGCUGAAUUAACUCCUUAUAUAUAUUAUCUCAAUUCAUACACAUUUUAAUUUUACAUGAACAUGUUUUAAAUAAAUUACAUUUGUUUUAACAACAUCCAGGUUUUGGAAUUUAUAAGUAUUUAAUUCGGAAAACAAAAUACAUGUAGAAUGCGUAUGUAGAUUUUCCCUCUUCAUAUUUAAAAAGAUCUCUGCACCUCUUAACUUCUUUCUAAAAAAAAUCAUAAACUGAUUAUUAAAAAUGAUUGCUUUUUCUUUUACAGAUGCCAAAGUUAAAACAAUACCAAUGCUGCCUUUGUUUUAAAAGAUGCAAAGAAAACUCGAGGCGACAUAUUCCACCUGGGCUGGCAUAUAAACGGUAUAUCCAGGAACGCCUUGGACGGCAAACUCAUUGUGAUGAUGUCAUCUGUGGAUCAUGUUUUUCAAGAGUGUAUCGUAGUCUUCCACAUGUACAGCAUGUUCAACAAGAUCCGGAAGAGGAUUUAGCAGAUCCUGACUUUAUUUAUGAACCGAAAAUAACGAAUCCAUCGAGUCCAAAAACAGUGCAUCUUAAUAUCCCUGCUGCAUCUAGAUCCCACAAAUGGUGUGUUAUUUGUCAUAAAGAUUCGUCAAGACGCAAUCACAUUAUUAACAUACCAUCAACAGCAAUAACCCAGGCGUUUAUUAAUUGCGGCGUUUUUAUCCACCCAAAAAGCAGAUGCUGCUACAAACAUUUGGAGAACACUUUCUUUUCUAGUGAUGCACUUCAUCUUCUGAGAGCAGCAAAGACCAGUGACAUGUUCUCCCACUCAGAUGUUGUGAAUCUGCUUACUAAUAUCAGGAAAAUGCUUCGAGCUGACUGUCACCGGUUGAACUUUGACAUUCCAGCAUUCUUAAGUGAUGAAGACUAUGAAACACUAACUGGAAUUACAAAAGAUCAAUUUAAUGACCUUGUUACAUAUUUAGAGGAUAUCAGAAACACAGAAAUUCGCUCUAAAAGAACAUGUUUAGGAGUUUUCCUAACCAAACUAAGGACAGGGUUAUCAAACAAAGUUCUUGGUGUGCUACAUGGUUUAACUGCUGCACAGGUUCAGAGAACUGUCACCACCACCAGACAAUGUUUAAUGUCCAGUUUCGUUCCAAGUAACCUGGGAUUCAGUCAUCUAUCACAUGAAGAUUUUGCCACCUUACACUGCACUGAAACUGCAAAAACACUCUUCAGAGAAGAUGACAGCAAUGCAGUCGUAGUACUAGAUGGAACGUAUAUAUAUAUACAGAAAAGCUGUGACUACCAGUUUCAAAGACGCACUUACAGUACUCACAAAAACAGAUCCCUUCUAAAACCUAUGAUGAUUGUAGGAACAGAUGGAUACAUAUUAGAGGUACUGGGGCCGUAUUAUGCUGAUGGAUCGAAUAGUGAUGCUUCUAUCACUAAACAUUUCUUAACUUGUAAUGAAGACUCAAGACAAUGGUUUCGAGAUGGUGAUGUCUUUCUAGUCGAUCGCGGCUUUCGAGAUGCAGUGGAAUUUCUAGAGGAAAACAACAUCAGUGUAAAAAUGCCACCUUUUUUAAAAAAGAAAGAAAAGCAACACUCCACUGAAGAUGCAAACCUAAGUAGAAUGAUUACCAAAGUGAGGUGGAUUGUGGAGGCUGUUAAUGGUAGAAUUAAGAAGUGGAAGCUCUUGGACAAGGUGUUGCCAAACACCCUCGUUCCAUCUAUUGGUGACUUUGUUCGCAUCACCUGCUCCUUGUGCAACAAAUACAGACCCCCUAUUGCUAUUAACACUGAGGAGGAUGUUAAAUGGGCGAAUGAAAUGCUGAAUAAAGCUAAGCAACCAAAUCAACUGCUUGAGUUGCUGACAACAAAAAACUUACUGAGAACAAGGAGCACAUUUUCACUUGUUGAUUCACAAAAUCUUUGCAACUUUCCAUCCUUGUCUUUAGAAGACUUAAGAAACAUUACAAUGGGUGUUUACCAGAUUCACCAAGCCCCAUUUUAUGUGAAAGAACAUUUGGAUGAAGAUGGAACAUUUCAGCUGAUGGUGCACAAGGAAAGUGACUCUUUGAUUAAAUUGAAAAUUCAAUCAAGACAUUCCCAGUCAGUCUCACAUACACUGUGGAUACAGUACACACCGGAGCAGAUCAGUGGAUGGUAUUGCACUUGUAAAGUUGGGGCCAGAGUGGUUGGCUGCUGCGCCCACAUUGCCAGCGCCCUGUGGUACCUUGGGUAUGAAAGACAUGAAGCAAAGCACAACUCUGGUGUUGACAUUAACACAACAAACAUUGAUGAUGCUAGACAUAGAGUAGUGAGUGUUAGUGAUUCUGAAAGUGACCAGACAAUGGAGGAGGAAUGAACUUGUAAAAAACUUUCAUGACAUUGUAUUAUCAACUAAAUGUGCUACUUUCUGUCUGUAACUUAAAAAAUCUAAGUGAAGGAGAGAGUUUGAGUUCAUAAGUUUAAUUAUUGCUUUUCUCGUUAUUCUUAAAUGUUUUGAAUGAACUAAGCAUCACUUGAUAAAAAUCUUUAACUGCAAGAUUUACAAAACAUUAAUUAGUUGAUUUUAUCUCCCUAUGAUUUAAUACAUGCACAUUCUUACUUAAAUGUUGAUUUCUCAAUCAACAUGUGCUGUAUACAUGUAUGUUUAUAACUAUUUUUAAAUGUUUUGAAUGAAUUAAGGAUCACUUGAUAAUAAUUAACUGUAAGAUUUACAAAACAUUAAUUGGUUGAUUUUAUCUCCCUCUGAUUUAAUACAUUUUUAUUCAAUUAAAUGUUAAUUUCUCAAUCAACAUGCACUGUAUUCAUGUAAGUUUAUAAAAAUUUUCAAAUGCUUUGAAUGAUUUCAGCAUCACUUUAUAAUUAUAAUUGUUUUUAAUGUAACAAAGAAUAUUGCUUAAUUCAAUAUUGCGCAUAGAUAUUAUAUAUAUUAGAAACACAUUUCUUGGAGAAAUUCUUUAUCAGUAUUAAAGGGGGGAUUUCCUGAUGUUGUUAAAAUGAAUAAAAGUUCUCCUUGAAUCACCAGGGCAUCACAAAAAAUUGGGUAUUAUUUCUGGUGAUGUCAGAGUAAAAAUCUAUUUGGUUUUUGGUCUCUUUUUUUUUUCAAGUGCUAACAAUACUACAGUUCGUAUGUAAACAUGGUAAAGUGAAAGUAGACUCGUGUUGGACAUCGAUCAACUUAUUCAUUCCACUUAAUAAAUAAAAAUCAUUUUGGCUGCACAACACUCUGAUAUCGAAGAAAGUAAACACUUUUUAUCUGUUUAAGCUGUUGAGUUUACAUACUUAGCUUAUACAUGUACCUCAAUUGUAAGUUGAUAAGCUGCAGCCUUUACCAUGUUUACAUGAACCAGACGGUGUCAAGUUUCCUCGUGCCAAAGCUAUUUCAUAUCCUUAUAUAUAUACUCCGAUCAAUUUAAUUUAUGUUCAAGUUAAAAAUAAUGUGAACAAAAAUAAUUUUUCAAUGAUAUUUAUUUUAAAAAAAGAAAACAUUUUAAUAAUGAUUGAUUUUUUUUUUACAUGUAAAUAUGAUCUGAUUUUACUCUUUAAUAAUGACGUCAUGACAUGCUGGCUCAUUAAAACUAGUCAGGAAUGGUGCUACGCUGUUUCAAAAAUAUCAAAUCGGAUAAAAUGCUAAAUAUAUUUAUAUCAAUGAAUGAAUUUUAAAUAAAGCUUAUCACCUGCAGAUAUAUUUUACAGCAAAAUUGUUUUGUUUUGAAAAUAGGUUCAAAAAAAGAAAAAUGGACCAAGAAGUGUAAUUUGAUGCAUCCCGUUACCUUAAGACAAUUGGUGACCUUAAAAUGACCUUGAAGGUCAUGUUAACAAGACAAACUAUGUAUAUAUAAACAUAUUACCACUAACUCUACCUACAGGGAAAAAAUCAUCAAUAUUGGCAAGGGGGCCAUUUUUGGCCCUUAUCAUAUAUAGU